AUCGUGUUUGGAACUCUUUAAUUCGCAUUAUACAGGAGGCUAUACCCAAGUGCGGCUAGUUUGCAAGACAGUUAAAAUUUCUAAAAAUGUGUGUCAAAAUACUAGGACUGAUAACAGUGAUUUUUAUUUUUCUAACGGUAACUAAGGAUGCUCAUGCAUACAAGAUUUUAGGUGUGUUUCCUAUGGCUGCUCCCAGCCACUACUUCCUAGGAAGUCAAAUAAUGAUGGGGUUGGCCGAGGCAGGACAUGACGUUACUAUGCUAACAGUUUUCGAAGAGAAGAAUCCACCCAAGAAUGGAAAAUACAAUCAAAUUGUAAUGAAAGAUCUAUACGAAGAACAGCAAGCUAUGUUUAGGGCUGUGGCUGAUUUUAAAAACAAGCAAGAUCAUGGUAUGUUCAACAAUCCCGUUGUAAUGCUAAUGACUUUUAACCAGUUCGGUUAUACAAUAGCAGAGAAGACUCUGAAUAAUACUAAAACCCAAGAUCUCUUAAAGUCGGAAAAGAAAUUCGAUGUCGUCAUCGUACCUCAAUUUAUUCUUGAUUCUCUGAAAGGUUUUGCUGCAUACUUCGAUGCCCAUUUGGUUCUUUUCAAUCCUAUUGCUGCUAGUUCGUGGAUGAACCAUUUUGUAGGAAAUCCUAGUCUUCCGUCAUUAAAUCCUGAAUUUGCUUUGCAAUACAUUUCACCUAUGAACUUUAAACAAAGGCUUCUAAAUACCGUUUUUACUAUAUUUACCUAUUUAAACCACAAUCUACUUCAAUAUCCAAGUCAAGAUAAAUUAGUUCGUAAAUACAUAUCCAAAGACAUAGAUUUGGAGAAGGUUGCCUAUAAUGUAUCGUUAGUGCUAAGCAACUCCCACCCUAGCUUAAACCCAGUAGCAGGGGCAGUCCCGUGUAUGAAAGAAAUAGCAGGAUUCCACGUUAAGCCUUCUAAACCUCUUCCCGAAGACCUGAAAAAGUAUCUAGAUGAAGCAAAAAACGGAGUUAUUUAUUUCAGUAUGGGUUCAAACUUGAAGAGUGCAGACUUACCUAUCAUAAAAAGAGAAGCCUUGAUGAAGGCUUUUUCCAAAAGGAAAGAGAAUAUCCUGUGGAAAUUUGAAGUUGAUGACAUGCCAGGAAAACCAAACAAUGUUAGAAUUGAAAAAUGGUUGCCACAAUCAGAUUUAUUAGCGCAUCCAAAUAUAAAAUUGUUUAUUACACAUGGAGGAUUUUUAAGUACAGUAGAAACUGUAUAUAACGCUGUACCAACUGUGGCUAUUCCAAUUUUGGGUGAUCAAAUGUUAAAUGCCAAAAUGGCGGAAAGACAUGGCUUUACAAAAGUGGUUGAGUUUACUAAGCUUAGCGAAGAAACGAUAUCAGAUGCUAUAGAAGAAGUUUUGACAAAUAAAAAAUAUCUUGAGAACGUGAGAAGUCGAUCCAAGAUCUUUCACGACAGACCAAUUCCAGCUCUGCAAGAGGCAAUCUACUGGAUAGAGUACGUAGUAAGACACAACGGUGCCCAGCAUCUUCGAGUUAGUUACCUCGACUUGGCAUGGUAUCAGUGGUACAUGCUGGAUGUAUUUGGAUUAAUUUUUGCAGUUCUCUUUAUGAUUAUUUUUGUUACCAAAAAGAUAAUCUCGUUAUUGUGUAAAAUAUGUACAAAUAAUAAGAAACCAUCUAAAAAAGUAAAAAAACAGUAAAUUGAAGUAAAUAAAGAUUUGAUUUU